AUGUCCAACAACAAUAAGGUGAAGGGCCUCCUUAAAGGCCUAAGAUUCAUUUCUCAGAUAUUCGAUACCGAUGAAAAAGACUCAGAAAUUCAGAUUAGUAAUCCCACAGAUGUAAGGCAUGUGGGGCAUAUUGGAUUGGAUGGUCACGAUGGUCCCUCUGAAAAUGAUCCCAGCUGGAUGAACGAGUUUAAACCCGAUGAUUCAGUCCAAAGGACCUCUCAAGAUUCAAAUGAGUUUCCCAAAUCAUCUAAGCGGCAAACAAAAUCAAUGGGGAACAUAAGAGAGUCUCAUGCAAAGGAAAAAUCAGACAGGAGGCCAAGGCCACAUAAAAAGUCAUCCAAAACUAAUUCAGACCAAAAUGAUUCAUGCAAUGGGGACACGGAUUCACUCCAACAACAACAAGGGAAUGAUUUUCCACCUAAAAAGUCUCGUCCCAAGAUGUCAAAAGAUGGUUCCAAUAAUGUUGGUGGUGACUCAUCCAAAACCAGAUCAAAACCUCAUCAUCAUCAUCAUCAUCAUUCUAGAAACUCAUACUCCAAUAAUAAUCAAGAAGGCCAUGCUAGACACAGUUCCAAGACUAGGACCACACACGGGUCCUUUGAAGAAGAUGCACAUUCUAGGAACAAACACGGGUCCUUUGAAGAAGAAGAACAAUUUCAAAGACGCUCUUGUGAAAAUAUACUGAAAAGUUACCCAAAUUAG